GAUAAAAUCAUGGGUAGAUAAGAUGCAAGAAGAUCUCGUAACACUGGCACGAACUGCAAGCGGAGUGGAAAAGCUUGCUGAGAUUUAUAAGAACAAAAAAGAGUUGUAUACUGUAGAAGCAAACAACCCUCGUCAGCUAGUGGAAAUUGCAGCCAGAGACAUUGAAAAACUUCUAAGUAACAGGUCUAAAGCCUUGGUGCGUCUUGCUAAGGAAGCAGAGAAGUACCAAGCAUCACAUCAGUGGAGGGACGAGUUUGGGAAUAAUGAUAUAAUCUAUUACAAUGCAAAAGAUGAUCAGAAUGAUCCUGAAAAGAAUGACACUGAAUCUGGCAGCCAGAGAAUCAGACCGGUAUUUGAAGAUGAUCCUGUUUUCCGACGGCAAACGUCUUACCAACAUGCAGCAGUCCACAUACCAACAGAUAUUUAUGAAGGCUCAACGAUAGUGCUAAAUGAACUCAACUGGACGGCAGCGUUGGACGAUGUGUUCAAGAGGAACAGAGAAGAAGACCCCACUUUACUAUGGCAGGUUUUUGGUAGUGCCACUGGCCUCGCAAGGUAUUAUCCAGCUUCCCCGUGGGUAGAUAAAAGCCGAACUCCUAACAAGAUAGAUCUGUAUGAUGUACGCAGAAGACCAUGGUAUAUCCAAGGAGCUGCAUCUCCCAAAGACAUGCUUAUUUUAGUUGAUGCGAGUGGGAGUGUCAGUGGAUUGACAUUGAAGCUGAUCCGCACCUCGGUCAUUGAGAUGUUAGAGACGUUGUCUGAUGACGACUUUGUGAAUGUAGUUUCAUUUAAUAAUAAUGCUCAGAACGUCAGUUGCUUUAAUCAUCUUGUCCAAGCUAAUGUGAGGAACAAGAAGAAAUUGAAAGAAGCUGUCUAUAAAAUUUCUGCUAAAGGAAUUACAGAUUACAAAAAAGGCUUUAGCUAUGCUUUUGAACAGCUGCUAAAUCACAGUGUCUCCAGAGCUAACUGCAAUAAGAUUAUUAUGUUGUUUACGGACGGUGGUGAAGAAAGAGCACAAGAAAUUUUUCAUAAAUAUAAUGAAGACAAAAAAGUACGUGUGUUCACAUUUUCUGUUGGUCAACAUAAUUAUGACAAGGGACCCAUACAGUGGAUGGCCUGUGAAAAUAAAGGUUAUUAUUAUGAAAUUCCUUCUAUUGGAGCCAUAAGAAUAAACACCCAGGAAUAUCUGGAUGUUUUGGGAAGACCAAUGGUUUUAGCUGGAGAGAAAGCCAAACAAGUCCAAUGGACAAAUGUCUAUCUGGAUGCUCUGGAGCUGGGCCUUGUGAUUACAGGAACUCUACCCGUCUUCAAUCUAACAAGGGAACAAAAUGGGAAAAUUAAUCAGCUGAUUCUUGGAGUAAUGGGGGUCGAUGUCUCUUUGGAGGACAUUAAAAAGCUGACACCUCGAUUUACGCUUUGUCCAAAUGGUUACUAUUUUGCCAUUGAUCCUAAUGGGUAUGUGCUCCUGCAUCCAAAUCUCCAACCAAAGAAUCCUAAAUCCCAGGAGCCUGUUACGCUGGAUUUUCUAGAUGCUGAAUUGGAAAAUGAUAUUAAAGUUGAGAUCCGGAAAAAAAUGAUAGAUGGAGAAAGUGGAGAAAAAACUUUUGAAACACUGGUCAAGUCCCAAGAUGAGAGGUAUAUUGAUAAAGGAAACAGAACAUAUACAUGGACUGCUGUGAAUGGCACUGAUUACAGCUUGGCAUUGGUGUUACCAUCAUACAGCUUUUAUUACAUUAAAGCCAAAAUAGAAGAACCAAUAACUCAAGCCAGAUUUUCAGAAACCCUGAAGCUUGAGCAUUUUGAUGAAACUGGCUAUACAUUUAUAGCGCCAAGAGAAUACUGUAAUGAUGUAAAAAAAUCAGAAAACAACACUGAAUUUCUAUUAAAUUUCAACGAAUUUAUUGACAGAAAUACUCCAAGCAGUUCAUCAUGUAAUACUGAUAUGGUCCUUAGAGUUUUGCUGGAUGCAGGAUUUACAAAUGAACUUGCCCAAAAUUAUUGGAGUAAACUGUCUCUUGAUGGAGUUGUUGCACAAUUUGUUGUUACAGAUGGUGGAAUUACUAGAGUAUUUCCCAAAAGGGCAGGAGAAGAUUGGUUGGAAAAUGCUGAAACUUAUGAAGUCAGCUUCUAUAAAAGGAGUUUAGAUAAUAACAACUAUAUUUUCACAGCUCCAUACUACAACAAAAGUGGUGCCAAUAGCUAUGAAUCAGGCAUUAUGGUAAGCAAAGCUGUGGAAAUAACAAUUGAUGGGAAGCUUCUGAAGCCAGCAGUUGUUGGAAUAAAAAUUGAUGCAACCAGCUGGAUGGAAAAUUUCACAAAAACCACAAUCAAGAGCCUGUGCAACAGUGAAAUCUGUGGCUGUGAGAAAAAUAGCAUGCAUGUGGACUGUGUUAUCCUUGACGAUGGUGGAUUUCUUUUGAUGUCAAAUCGAGAUGAAUAUACACAACAGAUUGGAAGAUUCUUUGGUGAAAUUGAUCCUGGCCUGAUGCGAAACCUGAUUAACGUGUCCCUGUAUGCCUUUAACAAGUCAUAUGACUAUCAGUCAGUCUGUGAUCCAGAAGAAGAACCAAAGCAAGGAGCUGGACUUCGUUCUGCUUAUGUGCCUACGAUAACAGAUAUUUUACAACUAGGAUGGUGGGCUUCAGCAGCUGCCUGGUCUAUCUUACAGCAGCUGUUUUUGAGCUUGACAUUUCCACGGUUCCUUGAAGCAGCUGAUAUGGAAGAUGAUGAUUUCGGUGCCGCUCUGCCUAAAACAAGCUGCAUCACUGAGCAAACUCAGUAUUUCUUUGAAAAUGAUGAUAAAUCCUUUAGUGGGAUUGUAGACUGUAUAAACUGCUCCAGACUUUAUCAUGCAGAGAAGAUUUCAAACACCAAUCUAGUAUUCAUUAUUAGUGACAGCCAACUGCUGUGCCGCUCCUGUGACCCCAAGCCACUGAUGCAAGCAGAGAAGCCGGAUGAAGGGCCAAAUCCUUGUGAAAUGGUCAAACAACCUAGAUACAGAAAGGGUCCCGAUGUCUGUUUUGAUGAAGCCAAACAGGAAGAUUCGGCUGACUGCGGUGGUGCCUCUGGUCUGAGUCCAUCACUGUGGUCUAUGGUAGGAAUUCAGUUGGUCCUGCUUUGGCUGUUAUCUGGCAGCAGACACUGCCAGUUAUGACCUUGCUAAACCAAAACCUGCAUAACUUAACCAAGACCCGGCCAAAACGAUAGCCUCAGUUUCAUUUUAGAAGGGGUCAGCUAUUCAGACAGCGGCAGAACAGCAGUGCUCGUGUCUGGUGAUCAGUCGUUGUGAGACUCAUAAAGGCGCCCACAGUGGCUGCAUGUUGGAGCGUCGGAUCCUUAAACGUGUGUGAAUGCUGCAUCAUCUAUACCAUCCGAAAAGAAUUCUGUAUGUGCUCCAUUGGGGAAAUCUAAUUUUUUUUUUUUUUGUUCGUUUGUUUGUUGUUGUAAUCUUGAUGACUUCAUGUAAAAGGGCUCCCCUAACAAUAGCUUAUGUAUAUGAUUUUAAUUUCUUUUAAGCUUUGGAUAUCUUGAAGAUUUAUAUUCUUUUACAUGAACAGUUAUUUAAAAGAAAAAAAAAAGAGAAAGAAAGGAAAAAAAAAAGAAAAUGUUCUCCCCAAUAUACAUUACUUGCACCUGCUUUUUUACUGGCUGCUUUGAACAUCAGUUUUGCCCAAACUAGUUGAGUAAAAUGAAAAUAUUGGCCAGUUUUCAUUAGAAGUUCAGCAUGAUUGAAAUGUUUCAUGAUGAGUGGUUUAUUCUUCCAAAAUGAAUCAUGCAGCCAGCUAAGUUUUGGUAGGUUGAUAAAUUGUAUGUAGGAAGGAAAGAAGGGAGGGACGAAGAAAGGAAGAGAAGGAGAAAACUACUGUGUUUUGAAAUACAAAGGUGCUGGAGAGUUUAACUAAAAAGUUAUUUUCAUCUUAAAUUUGGUGUCAUCUUCUGUCAGAAAAAAUAUUAAUUUCAAUGUAAUAUUCACCUCCUUUUCACAAUGCAGUUACAUAUAAAGCUAGUAGAAUCCUUCAAAGGCUGAAACAAAAAUGCUUGUGAAUAAAAAAUGUCUUUGUGAUAUUUGAACGUUGGUUUCCAAGGGUAUUUUGCAUGAUGAUGAUGCUAUGUUAUUGUUUUUCAGUUUGUUUUCUUUGAUGGUAGAGUAUAGUUCAUUGAAAAGGUAACUGAGUGAUUCUUUUAUUGUGUGAGAAACUGAACAUUGCAAUGUGUUGCAAUCAAAUCAUAUAAAAUUAUAUUAUGAAACAGA